AUGCAGUUCCCCGGGCUCGGCAGGGCCGUGGACGAGAACUUCGACUUCCUGUUCAAGGUCAUUCUCAUCGGGGACUCCAACGUGGGCAAGACGUGUGUGGUGCAGCACUUCACCUCCGGGGUCUACAGCGAGGCACAGCAGAACACCAUCGGCGUGGACUUCACCGUGCGCUCCCUGGACAUCGACGGCAAGAAAGUGAAGAUGCAGGUGUGGGACACGGCGGGCCAGGAGCGCUUCCGGACCAUCACGCAGAGCUACUACCGCAGCGCGCAUGCGGCCAUCAUCGCCUACGACAUCACGCGGCGCUCCUCCUUCGAGUCUGUUCCGCACUGGAUUGACGAGGUGAAGAAGUACGGAGCCGCCAACCUGGUCAUCAUGCUGAUGGGGACCAAGUCUGACCUGUGGGAGAAGCGGCAGGUGCUGUUCGAGGAAGCCUGCGCAAUGGCGGAGAAGCACAGCCUCUUGGCGGCGCUCGAGACCUCGGCCAAGGAGUCCAGGAACAUCAACGAGGUCUUCCAGUUCAUGGCCAAGGCGCUGAUCUCCCGCAACAGCCAGCCCAUGUGUGGCGACAGCGCCCCGAGCAGCCUCCCCCAGUCCACAACCAUCGUGCUGGCCCCCAGCCCCCAGGGUGAGAGCGACCAGAGCCAGUGCACCUGCUGA